AUGGAGAAAGCGAAAGAAGAUGCAUUCGACCACGCCAGACUUGAAGUGAUCAAAGAUGGCUACGACCGGGGCUUUGAAUGCAUCAACAAGGCGCUGACGGCCGACGAGGCCGGAGACAAGCGUCAGGCUUUGGAGCUCUACGGGAAGGGUCGGAAGCACCUCCUCCGGGGUAUCAGUGUGCCCUCGCAAGGUGGCGAGUGCAGGGGUGCCUCCUGGGACUCGGCCCGGGAGAUGCAGCGGAAAAUGCAGGAGACGCUGGACAACAUCACCACGCGCCUCGCCGCGCUGGAGAUGGCCGCCGGCGAUCAGCGUUGCGUCUACCCGCGACUCCCUGUCGAAGAUGGAAGUACGCCCACAUGUCCGCCGGACCGACCCCCUGCCUAUUCCCCCCGAGCGGCCGAGGGCCAUCUAUCUAUCUCAUACGGGACCGAGUCGGGCGAGCUGUCCUUGGUGGGCGACGACUUCUACAGCCGGACGUCCAGCGCCGCGUCGUCCCCGCAAAGCGCGGGCGAGGAUGCGGAGGAGCUGCUGUGCAUCCCGCAAGGGGUGCAGAUAUUCUUCGUGACCCCCGAGGGCCACGUGAGCGCCCCGUCGUACCCGGGCUACCUGCGGUUAGUCAAGUUCACUGAGACGGCACCUGGCAGACCGCCGGCGUUUCUGCAGGUGUGCGACUGGCUGUAUCCACUCAUGUCGGCAAACUCGCCUGCCUUAUUGUGCAACACCGGCGUGUUCAUGUUCCCCGACAUGAUGGCACCAGCGCCGGGCCACUUCGUGGGCGUGGUUCUAUCCUCCGAAUUGCCGGCCACCGACCGAGAGCUGUUCCGGGAUCUGCUGGAUCAGAUGACAGACCUCAGAGUGCAGGAUGGGGACGAGGCCUCCGAGCACAUCAAUCUCGGCAACAAAGUGUCCGUCGUCACACCUGCUCGGGAACCGACCGAGGGCGCGGCGGUAGCGGAGGAGGACAAGAAUCUGCCCGAGUGGAGCGAGAAGGUCGCCAACGGGAUUCUCACUGGGGCUUCGUGGUUGAGCUGGGGUCUGGUCAAAGGUGCAGAGUUAACGGGCAAGGCUAUCCACAAGGGGGCGUCCAAGCUCCGAGAGCACAUGACGCCAGAAGACAAGCCCGCGCACGUCAGCCCCACCGUCACCAAAGGCCUCCACGUGGCCAAGCAGGCCACGGGCGGCGCUGUCAAAGUCAGCCAGUUCCUAGUGGACGGCGUCUGCGCCGUGGCCGGCUGCGUGGGUCGGGAGCUGGCGCCGCACGUUAAGAAGCACGGCGGGAAGCUCGUUCCCGAGUCCAUGCGCAAAGACAAGGACGGGCGCUCCAACAUUGACGGGGCGAUGGUUGUGGCUGCCAGUGGAGUGCAAGGGUUCGCCACCAUGUGGACAGGUUUGGAAGUGGCGGCCAAGAACAUCACAUCGAGUGUGGCCUCUGAGACGGUCACUACAGUCAAACACAAGUACGGCGCGGCGGCCGGGCAGGCCACAGACAAUGCGGUCAACUCUGCCAUCAAUGUGGGCGUCGCCGCCUUCAACAUCGACAACCUGGGCGUCAAAGCGGUGGUCAAACGGACGGGGAAGCACACGGCUCAGGCCAUCUUGGAGGACUACAAGCUUCAAGAACCAGAGAAUACGCAGAAACAAGUGGAGAAAUCCAGCAAGUAG